AUCUCCGCGCGCGGCGGCGGCGGAGGAAGCCGGCCGGCAGUUGGGUUGGGGGAGGGGCGGGUCCGGAGCUCGGCUGCCCGGCGGGCGAAUGGCCAGGAUGAGGCCGGCCGCGUUCGGCUUAACCGUCGUCCGGCAGUGAGUACGGCGCCCCUCACGCGGCCGCCUCUUGCCCUUGGCUCGGGGGGAGGGAGGGGGCGUCUCGGGAACCUGAGGGAGGGCCGGAUUUACAUAUAUGCUAAACAUGCUAAUUACGGGGGGGGGGAGGAACUGGAUGUACCUUUCCAAAAUAUAAGAUAAAGAACCAAUAAACCCUACAUACAGCAACAGCGUUUUGUGUUGUGUAGGCUCUCAUUCUGCAUGUGCAAAUGGCUUUAGAUACCCAUGAGGUCCAUAAAUUAAUAUUUUAAUCUUGUUUUUAAGUUGUAUUCAUUCAACUUGUCGGUAAUAUCAAUAAAUACAAAAAAAAUUCAGACAUUUGUUGGCAUCCAUCUGUCUUCAGAGACAAUGGAUUGCGCUAGCUGCACCAAAGUGACCUCCCCAGGGAAAUAAUUCAUAUGCUGCUUUGAGAUCUGUUAAAGAGAGGCAGAAUAAAUCUAAAAAUAGCUUGCAGUAUGUUCCUCAGCCGAGGAAUGAUCCUGGCUUCCUCCCAGGUUCCCUGUUGAAAUGUGCAUGCAGCAAAUUAAGUAUUGACUUGGUUAUCAGCCUUGCCCUUAUUCCCUUGCUUCAGGUGGGUUGUCUGCUAUUAUAUGAACGUUCAUGCAUUAUAAAUUCACUUGUUUUCUUUUUUUAAAAAAAAGUGCUUUGGGGAGUGCAUGCAUGUACGUGUGUUUGUGUGUUGACUGGUGUCUGGGGUUGGCAAUAAAUGGUUUGCACAGUCCGCUUCAGCCACAAUCUGCUGAACCAUUUUUUUCAAUUUGACGAGUAAGGAAAAUAAACACCUGAAUUUUAUGGUGAGGCCACUUCCAGCAUGGCUCUACCCCUUCCCUUUCUCUCUACCCUCCUCCUCUGUGUUAUGUAAGUUGUCUCCAUAAAUAAGAAUUCUUUUUUUGAAAAUAUUUUGUCUCUUUCAGUGGGGAAACAAGAUACAACAAAGAGAAGAUUCUGCAAGGUGUGUGUUUCUUCUGUUGCAGCAAGAGUAAUAAGUCAUGCUUCAUAACAAGUCACAAUUGCCUUUAGCUUCAGUUCUGCGCUCUCAUUAAAUGCUGAAAUAUUUUGGCAAAUAUCUUUGGCUUUGUCUUGUAGUCAAAUGAUUAUUUAUGUUGAGUGUAUUAAAAUAAUACCUCAAGCCUCUGCCCAGCAGCUCCUUGGGCUGAAAAGCUAUUAAAGAACUCAAGCAGCAUGCAGUACCUUGCCAGGUCGGGUGGGUGGCUGGAUCCAGACAAUUCUGACUCCUAAGCCUUUUCAGCUUGGAGAAACAUAGAGGCACCCUUUGGUACAUACACUUUCUUAAACAGCUGAUAAACGCCCAUAGAAGCUUGCUUCGGUGCACACAGAGCCCUAAUUAGAUUGGGCAUGGUUUUUUGAAAAAGCAGGGCAGAAACAUUUUUCCGUUCAGUAUCCUGAGAACAGACUAAGUCCAUCACCGAGUGGUCUCAGAUAUCAUUUCUCUGUGUGUCGCCCUGCAUUUUUUCAAACAUCAGGUGAAGAUUUGCAAGAUGAAUAAUAAUAAUAAUAAUUUAUUAUUUAUACCCCACCCAUCUGGCUGGGUUUCCCCAGCCACUCUGGGCAGCUUCCAACUGAAUAUUAAAAACAACACAGCAUCAGACAUUAAAAACUUCUCUAAACAGGGCCGCCUUCAGUUGUCUUUUAAAAGUAAAAUACAGUAGUUGUUUAUUGCCUUGACAUCUGCUGGGAGGGCGUUCCACAGGGCAGGCACCACUACCAAGAAGGCCCUCUGCCUGGUUCCCUGUAACCUCACUUCUCGCAGCGAGGGAACCGCCAGAAGGCCCUUGGCGCUGGACCUCAGUGUCCGGGCUGGAUGAUGGGGGUGGAGAGGCUCCUUCAGGUAUACAGGACCGAGGCCAUUGAGGGCUUUACAGGUCAGCACCAACACUUUGAAUUGUGCUCAGAAACAUACUGGGAGCCAAUGAAGAUCUUUCAUUUGUAGUAAAUGUUGGAGUUGCAACGUUAUUCUGUGUGCAGCUAAACGGUUAAUUCUGUUAAUGUUAAAGUCAACUGAAGGGGUAGAAGUGUUGCUUAAAACCUAAGUGGCAUGGUGUUUGCUGAGAUAGCACAUGCUCUGAUUGGCUGUGCAGUUCUGAGGGAGUUUUCUUCUGUAUGUUUGGUUGAAAGUCUCCCUGCUGUGCAAGAAAGAUAAAAACUCUUCUGUUCCUUCUUAAAUUAUACACUGUUUUUGUUUAGUAUCCUCAGUAAAUUGUUAACAGGAUUUAUCUUCUCUCUAGACUCUGUUCACUUUAAGUGCCUUUGCUAACACGGCUCAGUAGUACCUUGAAAUCUGGUCAUCUUUCUGUGUGACAACUUCUUUAUCAGUCAAGGCUUCAUAGGAACAAAUUUAAUAACUAUUGGAUAUCUCCAGCAGUGUAACUGCUGUGGGUCAGUGGUUAGAGCACAAGAAAGACUAGAUUGGGGUGACCCAAUUUCAAAUUUUCAAAACCAGAAACUUGCCUUCCUGGAGAACUGCAGUUCUACCUGGGCAAGCAGAAUGAGACAGAUGCGUUCAUUCUGUACAGAGCUAUUUUUAAGCAAUUAAACCCUUUCAAAUUAGCAGAGUAGGCAAAAAUUAAUAAGAAUUUUUUCCUCUGUGGAAUUCAGAAAGGCCGCAGGAGAGGGGGAAGAGGCAGACAUUUAUGGAAUUUUCAGAAGCAUGCAUGAAUUCUACCAUGCCAUUCAUGUAUAUGGUACUUUUGAGAGGAAUAUAACAAAAGCAAAAGCUAGGUCUCUGCUCCAACAAGAUUGCAUUUGAAUUUGGAACAUGUGGAUUGGGAUUGGGAAACGACAAGGGCUAUGGAAUGAAUCUAGUACAAUUUUGAUUUUUCUCUGUCUACAAACUAAGGGGUCAAGCCAAAGAUUUCAUGGAUGGGGUUUUUGCACAUUAAAGGAUUCUCAGUAAUUUCAGUGGAGGGACCUGAUACAUGCACAAAUUGUCUGUAUAUAAGUUGAUGAUUGGUAAAACUUGCUUUCCUUAAUAAUUUGGCCUAUUUUUAUUUUGACUCCUAUAGGCCAAGGUAUAGAUGAGCCCCUCUCAGAGACUGGCUUCAGACAAGCCAAUGCAGCUGGCCUGUAUCUCAGUAAUAUAAAAUUUACUCAUGUCUUCACAAGUGAUCUGCUUCGGGCAAAGCAGGUAAGCUUGUAUAGGAUGCAAUUGGGAUUAUGCAAGAUCAGACGUUCUGUAAUUUCAGUUUAAAUUUUUUUGGGGAGGCAUCUACCAUAUAUACUUGAAUAUAAGCUGAAUUUUAGCACAAAAACCUGGGAAAACUUAUUGACUUGAGUAUAAGCUGGGCUGCUUUUGGGCUGCUUGUCCCUCCGCCGCCGACAGCGGCAAAAGCGGAGGAGGAGGAGCCCGCAAGAGCAGGCAUAGGAGGCGUGGUUGCAAGAGGUGGGCGGCGGUGGCAGGACCAGCGGCGAGAAAGGGCUCCUUUCGGGCCACACAUCCCUCCACCGCCGGCCUCACUCGAGUAUAAGCCGAGGGGGGCUUUUUCAGCAUAAAAAAUGUGCUGAAGAUGUCGGCUUACACUCGAAUAUAUACGGUAAUUCUGUGUGAAUAUGAGAGGUUUUAUUGUCCAAGUGCCUCUCAAGUUUAUCACAGCAGGCGUCCAGGUACCCUUAUCUUCUCCUUCAGUCCAGAUGCUACUCACUGACUUGCCACUCAAAAAAGAUGCAGUGGUGAUGGUAGGCACAAUAUUAUGUUCUCACCUGUGUCUGAUCAGAUUCACAGUGAUCCCAGUGCUCAGUCCCAUUGAUUUUCCAUGGUCUCUACAACACUGAUGAGGGCACAUGAGAGCAGUUUUAUAGUUGGCUCUGCAAAGCAAGAAAAGACUCUGCAGGAAUGUUGGUGCAUAAGCAUCUACUCUUCGGUUUUCAUUUCUUUCUUCAGCCGAGUUCCUUUUACAGAAAAGCUGUCCUGCAUCUUUUACUUCUUUAUAGCAUCAGCAGUAUUCCAGCUAUCUCUUAGUGAAAUUCCCAUUACAGGAAUAAACACCAUUUGGUUCUGUUUCUCAGAGUCUUUAUUAUUUACAGAAACUUUACACUGGUCAUUAAGAAAGAAAACAAAUAAAGCAGCAUAAUCUUUUUCUUUUUCUAGCCAUCUGGCCAGAGACCUAAUUCUGACUCAUUCGCAUACUCAUUUACACUGACCCAGACUUAGUUAAUCGCAUGCCCUGCUAAGGACACCUGUUGCUGGGGAAAUUUCCCAUUGCCUAGCAACUUGUUCAAGACCAUUUACAAGUUUCUUCUAGAGUAUUCCAACAAGGAGCCCCAGCCAUGCCACAUGUUUCUGGGCAGUCUAAGGGGGCGCUGCCGCUGAUAGUCUCAGUCUCCCUAGAGAAUUAACAGUCUAUGACAAUGGGCUUGCCAACAACCUCCCUAAUCAUAUAUUGAUUCCCACUAGCCCACUCCAUGGCAAAAAAAAAAAAACAGGUUCAAUCAUAUGUGCUGUGACUCUAUUGAGACAUCCCUGGUUCUCACGGAGGGAGGGCACUGAAGUCCCAUGUUGGCACACUCACUAGAGGAGGUCUCAGCAUGAAUGUUGAAGUUCCCCAGCACCACAGAAGAGGGAGCCUCCGUCCAACACCAUAUCAGAGACAGUCGUCACUAGCUUGGUCAGGGUGGCUGCUGGGUUGCAUCAUGGGCAGUACGCCAGCAGCAACCCUAUUCUCUCUCAAGUCAUCAAAUAAUGAAUGAUUCUUAUUCUAGAUGAGCCUGCCAUUCCGUAACCACCGCCACCUGAUCAGUAAAGGGAGGUUGGCGUACAUCCCGAAAUUCUGCCAGAGAUAGUUUCAUGUGCUUAUGGACCCAGUCUCCCUACUUCCGCAUCAACAUGUUUAUGCAGAAACUUCAGCUGUAGCUGUUCAGGGCUGUAUGGGAACUCUGAAAUUUUUGCCUGCUUGUUACUUGCAAUUUCUACAGUGCCACCACCACUGCUUUUAAGUAUCUGGUUGUGAUGCUUCCACUGCUUGCGCAGUCCGUCCAAGAUCUGCUGAAAGCAUUGCAGCCACCAGUGGCAAACAGAAGGGAUCAUAUCUCUCAGUUGGGCAUCAGAGACUCUUAAUCUCAAGGUCAUGGGGUUUGAGCUCCACUUUAGGCAAAAGAUUCCUGCAUUUCAGGAAGUUGGACUAGAUGACUCUUGCGGUCCCUUCCAACUCUAUGAUUCUGUGAUAUCUGUCUUGCCUGGUUUGAACUUCAAGUUUUAAGCCCUUUAUCUUUCAUAGUAUUUGUGUGUUUUUUAAGCAUGACUUGCCUGCUUAAUGUUUCAGACAACAGACGCAAUUCUAAAGAAGAGUAAGUUCUGCAAAGAUGUUGCUGUAAAAUAUGAUGCAAGACUCCGAGAGCGGGUAAGAACAGAAAUUAUUAUUUCUACUGUUACAUUUCUUUCAGCAUUUGUGAUUCUGUAACGUACAGUGGUGCCUCGCAAGACGAAAUUAAUCCGUUCCGCGAGUCUCUUCGUCUUGCGGUUUUUUCGUCUUGCGAAGCACAGCUAUUAGCGGCUUAGCAGCUAUUAGCGGCUUAGCGGCUAUUAACGGCUUAGCGGCUAUUAACAGCUUAGCGGCUUUAAGAAAAAGGAAACAAACUCGCAAGAACUCGCAAGACGUUUCGUCUUGCGAAGCAAGCCCAUAGGGAAAUUCGUCUUGCGGAACGACUCAAAAAACGCAAAACCCUUUUGUCUAGCGAGUUUUUCGUCUUGCGAGGCAUUCGUCUUGCGGGGCACCAUUGUACGUCAUAUUUAGCAUCUGAGUCAGAGUCUUGAUGCACUGGGCUCCCGAUUCAUGCAUAGGAUGCCUUGGUCUCUGUCUAUGUCAGAAUUCAUGUGUGCAAAGUGGCUAUAGAUAGGCUGAGAAUAUGUAUGGCAGUGUACCAAUUCUUGGGCGAAGAUAAUUUGGAGGUAGUUUUAAUAGCCUUUGAAUUGUUUUUGCAACUAAAAAAACUAUGAUAAACUCAAAAAUUAUGCCAUGAAAUGUAUUUUAUUUCUAUUUAUUAUUUGUGUUUACUUCUGUUUGCCCUAAAGGCCCACCCAAAAAAACAACCUAAGGCAGGACCUCCCCCCUCCCCACAAUUAGGCAAUCCACAUCCACCAAAUUUAUCUCAAUUAAGUGCCAGAAGUAAUAAUGUCAAUAUGAAGGAACCCGUAUGCAGUCAGUAAUUAGGUAGCCUGCCAACACUCCACAGCACGGAGACCACUAAAAUCAAACUAAGGACCUUCAUGCCCUGGGAAAAGCAAAGGAAGGAUGGAAAGAACAAGAAGCAUUCAAGAGCAAAUGCCCCCUUGAAAGCAGAAGAGGAGGAAGCCGAGUCGCCAAGCGAUAUGAAUUAAGUCUGCUUUUGUCUUCUCUGUUGUGCAACAUAGGCCUGAUUCAUAUUUCCCCUGCUGGGCAGCUCUGUUGGCAGUUCCUACAUUGCUUACCACUUCUCUGUUUUUAAGGGGAGUUAGCGGGGCAUGCAGAAGAUGACAGCAGGGGAUAGAACCGUUUCCUCAGCAUGCGCCUUUGUGCAGUGAUUCCCUAAGUGCUGGUCUCUGCAGGACAGAACCUGGUGUGUGUGUGUGUGUGUAUUUAAGGAAGCCUUGCAUAUCUUUAUGAUAGGGAUGCGGAUGGCACUGUGGGUUAAACCACAGAGCCUAGGCUUGCCAAUCAGAAGGUCGGCAGUUCGAAUCCCCGCGACGGGGUGAGCUCCCGUUGCUCGGUCCCUGCUCCUGCCAACCUAGCAGUUCGAAAGCACAUCAAAGUGCAAGUAGAUAAAUAGGUACCACUCUGGCGGGAAGGUAAAUGGCGUUUCCGUGCUCUGCUCUGCUGGCCACAUGACUGGAAGCUGUACGCCAGCUCCCUCGGCCAAUAAUGUGAGAUGAGCGCCGCAACCCCAGAGUCGGUCACGACUGGACCUAAUGGUCAGGGGUCCCUUUACCUUUAACUUUUAUAUCUUUAUGGGCAUGGGAAGAACCUGGUAGAAACUGGCAUUUACUGGAUUUUCAGGCAUAUUGGAUGCUUGGCAGAAGAGUUUUCCUAGCCAGAAGACUUUUAUUGUAAAUCACCUUGGCAGGGCUCUGCUCUCUCCCCAUGGGAUGCCUUCUAGCAUCCUCAACACUUGAUUUCCAUCACCAUCACCUAAUACAGCCCUAUUACUAUUUUUUACAGAAAUAUGGAGCGGCAGAAGGGAGGCCUCUGAGUGAUCUCAGGACAAUGGCAAAAGCUGCAGGGGAGCAGUGUCCGUCUUUUACACCUCCUGGAGGAGAAACACUUGAAGAAGUAAGCAGUACUUUUCGUAGUGAUUUGUUGUCCAGUAUACCUGGCUGUCAUGCAAAAACUUUUCUAUACAGUAUCAGUAGCAUAUAUCUUCAUACUGCAAGUCUAGUCUAGUUCUAACCAGAACUAUUAUUUAGUGGAAUUUGCCUAAUGCCGCAGAGUGGUAGCAUCUCUGAAGGGUCUCUAGUUGCCAUUCAGAGAAGUUGGUCUGGUUCAGAAAUGUACUUAGCCUCAAAGAAUGUGGCAUAAAUAUAACAUAUACCAAAAUGCUUAGGAAGAUGAGCUCUAUCAUAUACAGAAAGUCACCCCACAAAGUCCCUUUUAUGGUUUGUGUGCAUGUUUUUCGCUCUUUUGUAUGCAAGUCGAUACAGUCAUACCUUGGAAGUUGAACAGAAUUCGUUUCGGAAGUCCGUUUGACUUCCAUAAACGUUCGGAAACCAAAGCGCAGCUUCUGAUUGGCUGCAGGAAGUAACCACAGAGCAAUACAACAUGUGCCACAACUAGAAAGCAACUUAAGAUUGCGUGUGCCUGGCACUGUGUGUUGCGGUGCAACCAGCCACCCUGAAAGAAACGUUUGUUUGUUUUUUAAGUUAACUUUUAAAAAGAAGGAAGGAGGGACAGGUGAUACAGGGCCUGGCACGAAAGAAGCAAACAGUGUCCCUUAAUAGGGUAAAGCGUUUUUGAAAUAAUUUGCAAUCACUUUACUCUGUCCUUCCCCCUUGCUUUAGGUAAAAGCACGUGGCAAGGAUUUUUUUGAACACCUUUGCUGUCUUGUUGCCCAAGAAGCACGUCCAGAAAAUAAAGCUGAGACAGAAGGAAGUAGCACAGAAAUGGCAGGUGGAAGUUCUGCCAGCUCAUUGACCAACCACCAUAACAGACUGGAAUUUAAUUCCGACCGAGGCGCUGAAAUACUGGAUGCCAACAUACUGGUUGUGAGUCACGGGGCAUUCAUGAGAAGCUGGGUGGGCUAUUUCAUUUCAGACCUGGCGUGCACUUUGCCAAGUGCUUUGUCCAAGACUGAGCUGUCUUCUGUGAGCCCCAAUACUGGAAUUAGUCGGUUCAAUAUAACACUAGAGAUGAGAGAGGACAGUAAACCUAAAAUCCACUGCGUCUUUCUUAAUAGAGAUGAUCAUUUAGGUGAGAAGAUGAUGGCCGGGAACAUGGAGCUCUGAAACAUGAAAAUCACAAAGUUUAUGUAUGCAGUCUGUAAAAGCAUAUUUUCUUUGAAAGUAUUUUAGUGGACGAGCCUGUUGGAAGGCAAAGGUCUUCUUACUCAGGAGGAAAAAAAUGGAGCUGAUUCAGUUUGGAAAGUUUGUAGCAACUGCUUAUUGGUAGCAUGCCAUACAGCCCAGUAUUGCAUAAAUGGAAAGCAGCACUUGUUUGCUCAUAUACACGGCUGAAAUUACCUUAACGUUUUAGCAAGCGCUGCAGUAUUAACUGAAAACGUUCUAUUUGUGCACAGAGAACUCUAUACGGUUACCCCAUGUAUUUACCGGAGGAUUAUUUAUCAGUGGUGGCUCUUCUGCAAAGCAAGAUUUCACCCUCUGGAGCCAUUUUGACCCCAUUCUAAACCUGGCUGCUUGUUUCGAUAUGCAUGAAGGAGCAUGAGCAAACAUGGAGCGGGGGCCUCGUAUUUCCUCCCACCGCCCUGCGCUUAUUUCUGCUGCAUGAAGACUUAAAAUGGCUAAACCUGGAUACGUGUGGUUCACAGCAACCUGUUCACUGUAGCGCUCAGGUGCGUAGCCCAGUUCUACAGAGAGCCCUGCCAUUCUGAUGCCCUUGAGCAUGCAUUUUUCCUCUGCUGUGUGAACAUUUAAUCUGUAUAAAUUAAUAAGUGAAUGAUUGGAUUUCAUUUUAUUUUGUACUAACUCACUUUUAAGAUGUUCACGCCCUGGCCUUUUGUCAAAAAGGCUCUCAGAAUGGCAAAAAUCAGUAUUGAGACAGUCCCUGUCUUCAGGCUCAGAAUCUAAAAAGACAUGAUAUGCGAGGAAAAGGUAAGGGGAGGGAAGAGGGAUAAGAAAGCUCCAGCACAAGUUCCUCUUGUCUGGAAGAACAGCAACUCCUGCCCAGUGUCAUAGACGUUCUGGUUGCCUUGCCUUUGAUAAAGAGCCGCUCCCCCACUCCAAAUUGCUUUCUUCCAGGAGCAGAUCCAGGAACAGAGUUGGUGACAAUGCGUAGUGUCCUCAUGUGGUUUUGGAAUCUGAUGGUAAUGUGAUCUUGACACGUUGCUUGUCACAACUAACAUUAGAUGAAGUUGCAGGCUGCAGAGAUUAGGUGGGUGUAUUAUAUACCAAGGAUUAACUGGAGACCUCUAGGGCCAGUUGCCAACCCAAGAGCAAAAGAGCACUUUUUGAAAACAGACCAGUGCCACACCCAAUCCACUGCAAGCGCUUCAAUUCCCCCCCAAAUUUAGUGUCCCAGGACCAGUCGUGGUUCAUUCUGGGUGCUUCCAACCAGUCACUUCUGCCUCCGAAGUUCUGUUCUGAGACAGAGAAGCUGGGAGAAGUUUAGGCGAUGCUAACUCAGAUCCAAGAUGGUAAACAGUGGAAGAAGUAGGUGAGCAGAAAGCAGGUUUGUUGCUUGCUUUGGGUUAAAGCAGGGGCAGGGAGCCAUGAGAAGACCUUUUGGCGGCUGGGCUGGGCGAAAAGGACUUCCUUUCUCUCAGCACAGCACAGAGAAGCUCAAGUGUGCUCUGCCACUGUGCCCCCUAUGCCACUUCCUGUCUACCUCACCAGCCCCAAUCAACACCAGCCACCAGGGCCUACACACAGUGGAGAGCACACAUCCUCUUUCCUCUGCAAGCAGUUGUCCUGGAUAGUUCACACCAGUGGACCCAGCAAAUUUCCCCCAAUGUUGCAUCUUAGUGUAGAGCACCUGACACAUAAUGUUAUAUCCUUUAGGCUCCUUUUCUCUAUUUCUGCUUUCUCAGAUGAUAGCAAAGGUAUUUAGAUGACUACCUCUUAUCAGUGGGGGGUGGGGGUGGCGGGAGAAGUUUAGUGAAGCACUUCAUUGCUCUUCCAGUGGCCCAGAUACAAACAGCUCAUUUAUUAAGCGAAAUAAGGUUUGAAAUAAGAGUUGUCACCUCCUUUCCCGAAGCAGGUUUCUCCAUCCUUUAUGGGUUUGCCAACUUCUGCUGGCUACCACUGCUUUUCUAGCUGUAGCAACGAAUGCAUUUUUGAAAAAAGAUGGAAGAAGUUAUGAAUUAGGGUUGCAACUAACCACAGCGCAUUAUACAAUACCAAAACAUAUCAGUGUUGUCUAAAUGAUUCGCCUGUUAAGUGCUCAGUUGACAUGGGAAGCAUUUAACACAACAUGUUCAACCCAAAGAUUUUUGUUAAUUAAAUCAAAAUAAUGCUGUCCCAUUGACUGACAGCAGUCAGUAAUGCCUCAUUGAGAGGGCAUCGUUCCAACUGCAUGGCACGCCCCCACCUCAAAGAGCAAAUGAAAAUCUGAAUUAGAUUUAUCUGACUUAAAAUUGGCAUGUCUCAGAUAUCCCCUUCCCAGUAAAGGAGCAUGCAUUUUGCCCUAUACUGGGAGAUAAAACUCAUGCUUCUCAUUUUAAGGGAGAUGUAGAAAUGUCCUCUUUCAGUCUUUUUUUAUAUAACCAGUGUGUUUCAGGAGAUGUGUGUGUUAAAUUUCAGUUUGCCGUGAGGGCUGCACAUCCUGGUUUACACAGCAGGUCCGCUUUUAGGGAGAGGUCCGAAAAGUGUUCCGCUUUUGGACUACAUGUGUACCAAAUUUCAGUCCUCCCGCUCACGUGGAAAUACCAUAAUUUCAAUAUCUCCAUUUGCAUGGAUGAGACCCACAGAAACAGUAAUCAAGUCUAAGGAAUUUUACAUGCACACCCACAUUGCUCGUCAACCCCACCCCCCAUAUCAACUCCCUAGAGAUUACCCUUCCCACCCCAUGCAACUAGGAAGCUCAUUAUUCACCCAACCAUUCGCCUUCUGAAGCCAAUUCUUCUCUUCUACAAUCCUACUUUGCACCUUCCCUGCUCCUUUUGUGCAGCCCCCCUGCACACAAACAAUGCCCACACAUUGUAGCUAAGCGCCUUUUUCACCUUCCACCCAAAUAUGAAGCCUGCAUCCCUCCCUUCAGCCCCACUUCCCCCUUUUUUGUAACCCCCUUUGCACUGCCUUUCCCCUUGCAUUUCUCAACUCUUUUACACACAUCCACUCUUCUAGUGUGCAGCCCCCUUUUCACACACCAUUGGCACCUGCACUCCCUUUCCCCUCCCUCCUCCUUGCUCUCCCUUGCACACAGACCACCUCCAGUUCUGUGCCUCCCCCUCUCCUCUAUUCUGCAGUCCCCUUGGCGCAUGCACUCCAAGCUGAUGUGUGUUACUGUAUCUUUAAGUUGAAUAGACUCUUAAGGCUGUCAGCUCCAUCAGAGAAUGUUAAGUUCAACUGAUGAAUAUUGUCCAUGUGUGGAUGUUUGCUUGUUAAUAAAGUAUCUGUUCUACAUUGAA